GCACCCUGAAGCCCGAUUGGUCCGUUGGAAGAAAGGCCCGGGAAAGGAGUUAGGUUGCGGAGACACCGGUUACAUAGGCCUGAGUUCGCGGUGCCCUUGGGCUGAAAGAGAGAGUCACGAGUUUCUGACAGGUAGCGCUUCCUUCGGUCGGCCUGCAGUGACAAUGGGAGACGCUGAGAAGGGCAAGAAGAUCUUCGUUCAGAAGUGUGCGCAGUGCCACACGGUUGAGAAGGGAGGCAAACACAAGACCGGCCCCAAUCUGCAUGGCCUCUUCGGCCGAAAGACUGGACAAGCUGAUGGUUUCUCUUACACAGAAGCCAACAAAAGCAAAGGUAUAAUCUGGGGUGAAAAUACACUGAUGGAGUACUUGGAAAACCCCAAGAAGUAUAUUCCAGGCACGAAGAUGAUCUUUGCUGGUAUUAAGAAGAAGACAGAGAGGGCAGAUUUAAUAGCAUACCUUAAGGAAUCCACUUCUAAUUAAUGGCUCUCUGCUGCCUUAUUUAUUUCACCAAACAAAAAGAAGUGACUCUGUGAUGAGAUUGGUUCUUUCUAUUUUUACAUGCAUUAUAUCUAACACUUCAAAAAUCUCGUCAGUCAGAGAGCAUUGAUCAUGAAUGGUUGUAAAAAUGUAUGUACCGAUUCUUGUUGUAAUGUAUAGAAUUGUACUAAUCAGGAUUUAUGGAAUACAAGCAAGGUGACAGCACUGGUUCCUGAUCAUGUAAUUAAAAGAAAAACCUCUCA